UUGAGGAUGCUCUAACAUUACAUUCGACAGCACUGUCAUGUUAUGGACUCACUUGUGUAAUUCCCAUUUUGGUUCACUAGGGGAGAAACUACUUGAAGUUUCAGAUCCAAACCUGUGUGAGGAUGUGAUGGGGGAGCAUUGUUGUUCCUUAGACGUCAUAGAUGUGUGCAAGGACUCAAGUCAGCAUGACUUAUUUUGUUUCAUGAAUGUGGAAGGUGCAUUUGGAUCCUUUCUCCUCAGUCCAUUUACUGCAAAGGAAGUAGCUGAUGCUGCUGAACUGCAAAGGGAGAAACGAAAAGAAGGAAAUGACAUCAUCAAGGCAGUCAAGAAGAAGUUGCGGAAUUUACCUUCGGAUAGAUCAAGUAAUGAGUUCCAUGUUGCUUGUAAAAUUAUUCAGGAAAUGUGUCAUAAGCUCCUCAAAAGUUCAUGCACUGAUUACCGAGAAUUCGUGUUGCCCCUUCUUCGAUUCCACCGAUGGAGGGAGCUCAAGAAAUGCAUAAGUCAGGGUGAAAUUACUUCCCGUCCAAACAUUACCAACAAAGAUAUUGAUGAUAUAUUUAUGAAUGGUUGUUGUUCGCCUGAGUGGAACGCUAGUUUGGAACUUGAUUCAAAGACUGAUAAGCAAAACAUGCAUACAACAAACUUAAAGCUUUCGUAUUCUGACAACUUAAUUGCUGGAGAAGAUAAAAGAAGUGAGGUCCUCGUUGAAAAUGCUAACCCCUCAGAUUUGGAAUUGAUUGAUGUGGAGGACAAUGGGGUGAAGCCUUCAGCGACACUAGAAACAAAAGUAAAAAUUGGACAAUUCAAUGAUGAAAUUGCAGGCACCUCCAAUUAUCAGAACUCAGUACAGGACGUUCCUAAGAUUUUGGUUCCAAAGAUCUCUGAUCCCUCUUUAUACAAGCCCCCUCCUGAUCCGCGGAUCGUAAAUCAGCAAGCCACUCGGUAUGGCUAUAGCGCUUUACACAGGCCAGCUAUUGGACAAAGUGUUGUGACUCCAGUAAAUAGACUUGUGGAGAUCGUUGAUGCAGCAAAUAAGUUUGACCCAUACGAGGUGGAGCAUUCGCACCAAUCAUACAGAAGAGAACAGGCUAAGAUCCCAAAGGAUCAGGAACUAUGUGUCAUCUGCUUCUUUGAGAGAUAUUCUACUAUCGCAAUGGCUUCAGGAAAGAUAAUACAUCAUUGCCAAACAAUACAUCAGAAUGCGGGAACCAAAUGCAACUUGUGCAAUGCGAGAUUUCUAAAAGACAGUGAUCUAGAGUUCCACAGGAGAUAUUAUCAUCAGCAGCAGUAGGAUGCUAUUGUGAUCUUGACUUCCACAGGAAUGAUGGUGAAUAGGUCUAGAUGACUGAUCUACUUUACAGCUUGCUCUCAUUUCUUGUCUUUAGUGUCAAAUAUGAUGGUGAAUAUGUCUAGAUGACUGAUCUUUUACUGAAUUGAGUACAAUUCAUACAAUGCUUACUUAA